UUCAGCAGAAGUGUCAACCAGCACAAAAGCGUUCAAGGUGUAUUGGCUGCUAUUGUUGGUGGUGCAUUUUGCUUCGCUCGCCCUCGGUCUCCUCGGGACCAUUUCGGAAGAAGCUCAAUUUUAUCCCACUGCUCGCUCGCUGGCAGUAAAUUUGGGCAAGUUAAGCCCAAUAGUAGCGCGUCAGUUUUCUUUUGCGCGUAAACAGUUUCCGUGGGGGAACCGAAACCGUUCAGCAGGACGAUUGCAUUCUGCGCCCGUGCGGGAGAAAAACAGCAGCACAGCUCCAGCACGCAACAGCGAACGGAGCACACACCACCACUUGACACGGACGGGAGGCGGUCCCCGCCCAACACGGUCCGCUUUCGGCUGGCGGGGAAUGCGUUUCGUCGCGGAUACGGACACCCGACUGACAUGAGCUGAUCAGUCCGCCAUUUUUCCGUCUACAUCAACCCAACAACCAACAGUAGCCGAAACGAGUAGUACGGUACGCGCAAAGAUGCAAGCAGAAUUGGAAUCGGACCGUGUCUUCCAGCCGGACUGUAGCGACAUGGGGCUGAAAACGCUUUACAACACGAACAGCGUGCUGCGCAAGAUCGCCAACCUGUACGCGGAGCGGCUGAUGUCGGACGUCACGCUGGUGGUGGGCGAAAAUCGCUACCCGGCCCACCGGAUCAUCCUGUGCGCGAGCAGCGACGUCUUCCAGGUGAUGCUGAUGAACGCGACCUGGCGCGAGUUCGGCGACGCGGUCAUCACGCUGCAGGAGGAGGAACGGUGCCAGGGCGUGUUUCCCCAGUUUCUGCGCUACAUGUACGUCGGCAAGAUGACGAUCUCGGUCGACACGGCCGUCUACAUACUGAAGCUCGCGGACAAGUACAACAUCCACGAUCUCGUGCAGAUCUGCAUCAACUACAUGAAGCUGCACCUGAACAAGGCGACGGCGAAGGGCCACUUCGUCGAGUGGCUGCACAACGCGCUGCAGAUCUGCCCGGGACGGAAGGAUCUGAUCUCGAUGCUGGAAAACUACCUGAAGUGGAACCUUGAGCGGAUCGUGUCGUACCCGGGGUGGGAGCAGCUCAGCCCGGGCCUGAUGAACUGGCUGCUGCAGCAGAACGAUCUGGUCGUGCGGAGCGAGUUCCGGCUGUACGAGCUGGUGGAGGUGUGGUUCCGCUACCAGCGCGCGCAGAUCGAGGGCCGGUGCGAGAUGCGCGAGCAGGACCGGGAGAGCGCCAUCAACAAGCUGAUCCACGGCGUGCUGGUGCACAUCCGGUUCGCGAUGAUGAGCCUGCCGCAGCUCGCGAACGUGCUGAUGAGCGGCGCGUCCGUCCGGAUGCUGAAGGAGUUCUACGUCGGCCGGGUCGCGGACGGCAUGAACUUCCACUCGCACCAUCUCGAGAUCGUCGGCGCGAUACGGGCGAGCGAGAUGGGCGAGCUGCAGUUUACGCCGCGGCUCUACUCGAGCGACCUGUGGAGUCUCGAGAUUGCGGUCGACUACUUUCACCGGGUGGAAAAGUACUCCAGCGUCGCGUCGGUCUUCUUUACGCCCACCAGCUUUAGCGACGUGGACGAGGAAAGCAACGGAUGGGAUGUGGAAUUUUUCCCGCUCGGCGUGCGGUACAAGCCGGCACAGCUGAUCGGCAUCUACAGUGCGGCCACCAACCGGGAAAUACCGGAAUGCAUCAUACGCACGGUGCGCCUGAGAAUCACCAGCCAGUCAGCGAUGCGAACCGAGUGCCGAUACAUGGUCGGUGUGCUGAUCUGUGGCAUGAUGAACGACGAAGAGUACGUGCGCCACUGUCACGUCCGGGUGGCAUACUUCUCCAGCGAUCAUCGCGUGCUGAACAUCGACAACCUGAUACCGAUCGGGGAGCUGCAGAUGGGUACGCGAAAGUACAGCCAGUACAUGGUCGGCGAGGAGCAGAACACGAUCAGGAUAAAGGUCGUGAUCGUACCGCUGAACCGUUUCUCCAACGUGUUCGCACCACCGUCGGAGUGAAGCGACCAGACGCGCGACAAGCUACGCUAGGGCAAGGAUGGACUUAGGUUUAGAAGCAAACGAGAGGAUUUUAUAGUUUGCGUCGUGUGGUUGAAAAAAGGGCCAUGCAUUUUUUUUUAAAUACUUCUCUACUAAUUUACACAUCGAAAGCUGUAUCGAAACGUAAUUUGGAACUUGGACAUAAUUCAUUACAAGACGGGGGAAAAGCUCUAUUUUGUUUGCUGGCUUUCUUUGAGAUAAAAAUUUUGAAUUUGAACUGAAACUAUUUUGAGAACAGUUUACUUUGAGGCCACGAUUGCCCUGGAAUGGCAUUAUUUUCCUUACUCUUGUAACACAUUUGAACAUGAAUAGAACUGUAGUUAGUGUAAACCAAACAGCCAGAGGCAGAGGGUAGUUUGUUAUUCAUUUGUUCAAAAAUUUGCAGCUUGCACCCAAACACCGGCUAGUUCACUGAGGCGAUGAGAAUGAUGCGAGAAUGGGCGAGUGUGUGUGUGUGUGAGUGUCUGUAUGUGGAAGUGAUUGAGCAUUAGAUUCCGAAUUAAGUUGAAAUCGGAAGUACAGGGCUUACACUACACACUAAAUUAUCGUAUUCUCUUUCAGUAGGGGCUUUUGUUUACAUUUACAUUUACAAAUUUUCAGCACUAUUGUCGCUAUUCGAUUGAGCAUUCAGCAAAGCGGUGUACCGAAUGCAUUGCAGUAUAGUACAUUAAAUUCAGCAAUCAGCAAAACCAGGAAACAAUUUGCCGUCUAACCGACCAGCAUACAAUCAAACCGACAUACGAUCAAAUCAACUUGCCAGUCGAAACAUCAAAGCAAACACGAUCUUCGCUUCGUCGUAUGGGAAAAGAAUGAUUUUGGUAGGCGCUUUCGACCAUCGCAAGCAGAUUUCAAAUGUUCAGAGGGAAUGAUUGAAAGAACCCGUUUCGUUGCGUAAAGUAUCAGCUACAAUAAUUAACUUUUUUUUUUUCAAGAGGUGCACUCGAAUUAGAAACAAAGAAGAAGAAUUAGCCUUAUUCGAUUUAAUUUUGUUUUAGUCAGAAAUUUAAAUCGAAUUUUCUAACAUUCUUCAUUGUUAGCCAUUCCUUGCCGUAUCGCAUGAGCUACGAGGAUUGGCAAUUCCUCUCCGCAUCAAUAGAAUUAUUAAUUCGAAAGAAACAUUGCGUCACUUUUCAACCAUUGCUAUGAUUUUAGGGGAUGUCUUUUGGAUGGGCAUACCAAUUUACUGAGUGAUUCGGUAAACGUUGCAAUGCUGAACGAAUAGCUGAAUGUGCUCCUCAUUUAUUCAAAUUCCGUGAAAUAUUUCUCAAGGUUUAAAUCAGCGAUGUCAAACUCAUUUGACCCCGCGGGCCAAAAUGCCACAGAAAAUAGUAGCACGAGCCGCAGCCUAAUUUUUACAUGAUAAAUGAUAUGAUAUGAUACAAAAUCUUUAGCCGCUCUUUUCAUUUUGAGACGAUAGUUACGUUAGAAAAGUUUAAUCUUUGACGUAAAAAAGUGGUUCAAUUGGUCAUAGGCCCCUGAUAUUUCCUACAUUUGCAUCAUAGUUUUAUGGCAAUUAACAAGAUUCAGUACACAAAAAUAAUGUGCAAAAUCUGGCCAUGACUAACGCGUUAGUUCCAAUGCAGAGCAGUAAAUUUUGUAAAGAAAGGUUGAUAUUGGAGUCAUUUUGAUCAUCAAUAUUUUUGAGAUAGAAUUAAAGACGCGAAUUCUUACUUUUGAUGCUGUCUAAAGUCCAUAACUUACAACAGAUCGUUCAGUCCAGUUCAGAUCUUUACAGAGGAGUGGAAGAUGUCAUACAAGUCCUUAGUACCCUUUAUUCGCUUCCUGUCAAUCUCCAUAGAAAUCUUCAUUCAUUAUGGCGGCCAAAAUCAGAGUUUUAGGCCCACAUAUAGUUGAUCUAAUCACAUUGGUCUUGGUAGGAUGCCCGAUGGAAAGCUUGAGAUCCUUUGUAACAUCCUAUCAAACGUAACACAUCUGAUUUGAUCUGAUUUCUAACCAUUUUGCAGAAAUAUAAUGUUAUAUCUUUAGUAUACCUAAAGAUGGGUUCGACCUUUUCCAAAACAAUAUGCCAAAAAAGUGUGAGAGCUUUUCCUGUUAGCUGAGUUAUUUUGUUAAUUUGUCUGUUAAAUUUCUACAAGUCUUUUUCUUAUAGAAAUUGCUUUCUUGGUCAAGUGCCUUGAUUGAUGGCUUAACAAUACAAACAAGUAAUGUUCCCUAAACUACAUACACAUGAGAAAGACAUUCACGAUAUUGUAUAAGGUUGAAACUAAACCGUGAGUUGUUUGUUUUAAAAAUUGUUCAUUAAAAAAUGUUUUGAUAACACAUUAAAUCAUCGGAAAGUGUAUAACAUAAUUUUCAUUGGUUUUUUAAACCAUUUUACUAAAAUUUGUUUGGAAUUUAAAGCUAAGUUUUGUUAAAAUAACCACAACCGCCCGCUUGACACCAAAAGAGGAGCCUCCAUUCCUUUUAACGCUUAGGGUCCCAAACACCCUAAAUCCGCCACCGACUUGCUUGACUCUUUCCUAUGGGAAAUGAACUUCAUAUAUUGGAAAUUGGACUCUAUUGCACGCUUUUUGAACAGGUUCCUUGGAAAUUCCUGUUGGAUUUGUCCAACAAGGUUGCUAUGGAGUCCAAUUCCCAUUACAUUAAGUUCAUUUCACCGAAGAAAGAGGCAAUAAAGUGUCCCACAGCUAGGAGAACUCCUGGGAAACUCUGUAUAAUGAUGCAUGUUCUGACAAUUCAUAGAGCAACUGGCGAAGUUGAAAAUCUCUUCAUAUUUCAGGAGUCCCGAGUUGACUGACAUGUACUGUAUAAGCAGAAAUGCUGCUACAAAUAAACUUUGGCUCAAGCGGUCGCGGGUCAAACCAUAAGACUCUGGUUUAAAUUGAGAAUAUAGACACCCCCCCCCCCCACACACAC